AUGAGCCUUUCCCAGCGUCUUUUGGUCGCUGAAGCCCACAGGCAAUUUCGCGAAGAAGCCGAAGGGAACGCUGAGGAUGAGGGCGGACAGGCAAGUGGCGCAAGUGGCGCUGAAGCGCCUAGCCAAGUCGUAAGGCCCAGAAGACGGGCUCAACGGAGGGCUCGUUUCGACCAGUCAGGCUGUCUUCCCGCACCAAAUAAACUACCUUGGCUUCCUCCCGAAGUGUUACGCGAUCCGCGAGUUCAAUCGUGGGGAAACGUGUUCAGUUCCUGUUCUUCCGACGAGACCGUGAAGAAUUUGCUAAGGGAGAAUGGUGGCGCCGGCGUCACCUACCUCAUUCCGUCUACCGAGCAGCGCCCAUGGUCACCACCGGUCGGUUACCAAUGCGUAUACGAAUCCUACUUCAAGGAUCAGACUAAGCUCUGGUUCCCAAUCCCUCGAUUGAUCACGUCGUACGCGUUUCGUCGGGACAUCGCCAUAUCCCAGCUGCUAAACGGGUUGCUACGCAUAGCCGUCUUGUUAAUGGUUAUGGCCGCGGAGAUGGAUAUUUUGAUGAGCGUGAGAGUGUUUGAAGAACUGACUUUCACGAAGGCGGAGCCAAACGGGAUCUUUUCGAUUAAGAUGCGAGCAAAUUACAAUGUCCUGACGGGUCACCCAAACAAGACGCAGGAUUGGCAACGAGCGUACUUUUACGUCAAAUCUGAUGAGCACGCCUUCGAGGAGCCGCCGGGGGACGAUUAUCGCGUUUUAUGGAAUCAGCAACUUGUUCGUCAUCCUAACACGAUCGCCUAUCCUGAAAAGUUCUUUGAGAGCGCCCAAUUGAUCGCGACGCACAGUCAUCUCCGUUGGCCAGAUCUUAGUCGGGAGUGGAUACGUCGUCAGCAAGCUAGAAUUGCUAGAGUUGAUUGGGAAUCGAGAGUUCCUUGUGUACUCGGUCCUCGCAAAUCUCGCCUCUCCUUGUUUACUCGGAAACAACAAAAGCUUCUCAACAAGGCCAGAGAGAUGGAGGGAAUUCCCGACUUGAGUGCUCUGCUAAAAGGGAAGCUUCAAAUGCUCUCUUCAUCGAAGUCAUCUUCUGCCGGUGCCUCAGAGAGUUCCCCGAAGAAAAAGGCCGACAAGGCCAAGAAGCCGGCCAAAAGGGGGCAGUCCUCCUCUCUCGAGGGGAGUGUUCCUUUGGAGGAGGCCCCAUCCUCCGUUGAUGCUUCUGAAGUCGCGGCUAAAAAGAAGAAGAAGAAAAAGGACAACAAGAAAAGGUCUCGUGAGGAGGCUUCUGUUGAGCCCCCGGAGACCUCGAUGGCCGUAGGGGAUGAUGAUGUGGGAAGACACGAUCCAACCGAUUCUACUCGGGGAUCGUCUGAAGGUCGUCCCGAGAAGAAGUCGAAGAAGACGACCGCAGAGGAUGAUGGGACUUCUGCUCCUGAGGUCCCUUCUAAAAGCGGGGGACAGGCUACUGAAACCGGAGAUGGUUCUCGGGAUGAAUCUCCGUUGAGUACGAGAGCCCUUUCUCCUUCUGCAAGGAAGAAGGGUGUUGAAAGUGGAGGUUCGCUUCCGCAGAAGGCGGGAAAAGGGUUCCCGGAUCGCGUAGAGUUUUUGUACGAUGAGACGACUCCGCUGGUACUAAAUCCGCUUCAAUGCGCGGAACUGACACGUCAGAUCCGUGGUGGGACAAAAGAGUUGCCACCGAUCGACGAUCUGUACUUUAAGAAGGAGUACAUUGAUGCAGCCAUGGCGAGCAAACAGAGCGACGGGAGUAUAAACUAUCUCGUCGAGAAGCUGGGCGUGAUAGAGAGGUUUCGCGCGGAGAACAAGAAGGCUAGCGACAAAGCAGUCAAAGAGAAGGAAGUCCUCCGGGUCAAAUUUGCAGAGCUAGAAGACAAGUUAAAGUCUGAUCGUCUCGCCAAAAAGGAUGCUCUGCGCGAGAAGGCUCGUUUAGAGCGGUUGGUCGCUUCUCUUGAGAAGGAGAAAACUGAGUUAGAAGGAGAGAGGGAUGCCGUCGUUGGGACGCUGGUCAAGGAGAGACAACGCUUGAGAGACUCUAGGAUUCAGCAGGUUACUCGCGAAAGGGUCAAAGUCCAGACAGCUAUGGCAGACAAGUCUACUCGCUGCUUUGGUCGAGUAAAGGACUAUCUGAACCGUCUUAACGCGUUGGAGAAGGCCAAGAGUUUAUAUGGGCAAGCUUCGGGAACCAAGAAGUGUCUUGAGGUGAUAAGAGAUAGCGGGACGGAGAUCCCGCAGGAAAUGAUAGACAUCUUCUCGGAGCACGUUCUCAGAAGCAGAUUUCAUCCUCUCUCCACUCAACCUCCCUUCCCGGUUCGUAAGCGAGGAAUUGAUGGGAACGCUUGA